CGGCGGCUAAGGAAAACGUUUAUAGUAUUGCAUCAAACUGUGCGCCAUUAAUAAGACCUUCUACUUCAUCAAGGUUUCAGCAUCUUAUGAUCUCGCUUCUGAGAAUAAGAAAACUCCCAUUUACUAUAUCGCCAUUUACAUUGACCAGGCUCAUGGAUUCGUCAUCAUCUUCAACAAUAACAGCGGCAAAGGCCUCCUCACAAACUCACAGACUCCUUUUAUUAGCCCAACAGUUACGUUGUUACAAGCCACCACCUUCUUGUUUAGAUGAAUUGGAGGAACAACAAAUCCAGGAAGCCACUGGCAAGGUGGUCUCUCAGGUGGGGUUUGAAGAAUCUCUUACUCCAACUGUUAGGGACCCUCAACGGUUUAAACCCAAAAAAGCUGCUGUUUUGAUCUGUCUCUUUGAAGGAGAUGCUGGUGAUUUGAGGGUCAUACUUACGAAGAGGUCUUCUAGAUUGUCUACUCACUCUGGGGAAGUUGCAUUGCCUGGUGGGAAAGCUGAUGAGGGUGAUAAGGAUGAUGCGGAGACUGCAACAAGGGAAGCUGAGGAGGAGAUUGGGUUGAAUCCGUCACUUGUGGAUGUUGUGACUUUUCUUGAACCAUUUCUGUCUAAGCAACUCCUCAGAGUUAUACCUGUUAUUUGCUUACUUCGCGAUAGGAAAGCUUUCAAGCCUAUUCCAAAUCCUGCUGAGGUAGAAGAAGUAUUUGAUGCUCCUUUAGAAAUGUUUAUUAAGGAUGAAAAUCGAAGGGAUGAAGAAAGAGAAUGGCUUGGGGACAAGUAUCUUAUUCACCUUUUUGAUUAUGAAUUUGAAAACAAGGAGUACUUGAUAUGGGGUUUAACUGCCGCCAUCUUGAUUAGGGCUGCCUCAGUGGUAUUCCAGAAGCCAGCAGCUUUUCUGGAGCAAAACCCGAAGUUCAAGUUCCCUAGAGUAAUAGACAAAGACACCUCUAUGUAAACAAAUUCACAGAUGACAUGGGUUCGGUGUACUCCAGAUAAACUUCCGCAUUAAAUUCACCACUGCCCUCAUUUGUUGAACUAGUAUAACUUCUUUUAGGAUGAUCCGAUUAAUGUAUCCAAACAAGUAAUAACUAUUGCAUAUGUCAUUCUCAGAUGCCCCUAAACUGGGGAGGCCAGAUAUAUCAAGACUUUGAGGAGUUCUUCACUAAGUAGUUGUGAGUGUGAAAACAUUAUUGUUGGAGCUGUUAGUUGCUUUCACCUUUCCUCAGGUUAGUUCUGGAAAGACUUCAAAACUACUUUUUUCCUGUGAAUCUCAUUUGUCAGUCACUCAUACGGGAACUGCAUCUUGCUUAAAGAGUUUGCAGUGUUGGACAAAAUAACUGCGAGAAGCUGAAGUUCAUGUUUUUGUUAUAGGAAUUGAAUAUUUUUUUUUCUGUAAUUUUUUCAGACUUGAUAUGGGUUAGUGAUGUUAAAUCUGCCUGAUAUUAAUAUGACGAAGUCCCCUCUUGAAUGAUUGCAGUACAAAUCAUUUUAUAUUUGACCAUCUAUAGCAGUAUAGACUCAAGAAUUUAAAAUGUGAUUAUCUUCUUUACCAAAGUACUAAUCAACCAACAAAAAACAUGAUUAUCCUUUUAUUCAUGAAAUAUGAUGUACAUACCCUAAUCAGAAAGGCUGAUGGUGGCUAAAGUAGUUGAAUUACAUGACAAGAUGAUCAUGGAUUCCAAGAACACCAGAAACGGAACUGGAAGAGCCUAACAGCUUCGUGUCUACAAAGGAAACUGAGGGAAGGGAUAAGAGAGGAAACUGAUGCUGAUAUGUAGAAACGGCUUUGAGAGAGGCUAAGGAGGAGAUCAUUUUGAGCCUUUUUCUUGUUAGUGUAGAAGAUAAUUUUAUUGAUAAUAAUUGAAUAUAUAGUAGAUUUGAUACAAAAUUGGCAAAUAUAAUGCCCUGUUGUUGAGAAUUGUGAAUGUUGGUGUCUGCCUUUGGCUGUGAACAUUGUUGGUACGAAGUUUUUGCAGCAUACAUGUAAUCAAUUAUUAUAUAGUUGCUGGUAUUGAAUAAUCCAGGAGUGGAACUUACAAACUUUACCUACU